AUGGAGGAGAUCGAGGCGCUGGAGAUGGAGCUGGGAGCGACGGUGAUGAUCACAUCUCUCGAGCAGAUGUCGGAGCGGUGGCGCGAGCAGCGGCUCGGGUGGCGGCCGCUGGACGAGCUGGUCCACGUAAGCAAGGCCAUUGGGGCUGAUGUUGCCGGAAACGCGACUGAGGCUCGCACAGGCGAUGAGGAGAGCGCGUCGCAUGAUGGUGCGAGCCGGGUCGCUAGCGAAGAGCUUGUUGCCCACUUUGCGCGGCUGGUGCUCGGCGCAGAUGCGACGUCGCCGCCGCUGGCGGUGCUCAUCACGCUUCUGACCCGAGUCGAGGACGUGUGCGUGAACAGGGCGCUGACGGCGGCGGUGUUGGCGGUAGCCGAGGAGACGCCGGACUUGGACGCCAUUAUCCGCAAGCUCAUCUGCGAAGAGGUCUACGCUUCCGGAUCGCGACACCUCCUGUUCUGCCGAUUCAAGCCGGUCUCCAUGCUGCUGGAGGCAUUUGUCGACGCCCGCUGCGCUCCGCUGCUGGAGGCGUGCGUGGGGCCGAUUGUGGCCGACGUCACUGUCGCGCCGGUUCCGCACUUUCUGCCCGGCCGGGCGCGUUCAUCGUCGCUGACCUCGGCCGAGCUGGCACGCAAUGAUGACUCGGCCGACUCGCAGCUGGAGGCCUCGGUCCUCUCAUGGUCGCUUCGCCUGCUCGACACUGUCACGCUCUCGGCCCACUUGGUGCCUGCCGCGGUUGUUGGCCUCUUUGUCCACCUCCGCGCCACCAUGGCCAAGCAGUAUCCGGACCAGCCGGCGCUCCAUGUUGCGCCUGUUGUUGUCGUCCUCCUCCUCCGCUACUUGGUCCGUGCCGUUGCCGAUCCGGCGGGCUAUGGCCUGAUUGACGCUCGGCCAUCGCCCGGUCAAACCCGCGUCUUGCGCGCCGUCGCCCGCAAGUUCCGUGCCUUUAUCACUUGGUUUCUCUGGCGCUCAAAUCCGUCACUUGACGAUCUGCUUCAGCCCUCGUUCGAUGCCAUCACUUCGUUCUUCUCUGCCAUCUCGCUGCCUUCCGGCCCGCUUCCGGAGCCGCCGCGGCUGGACCCGGGCCGUCUCGCCGACCGAGUGGUCGAGGCCUGGCGGGUAGGCAGAGCCGGAUGUCCGACUGCGGUGUGCAGCUUGCGGCACGGCGCGGUGCUCGCGCUCGGCGCAGACGAUGCACACCCAGCCGACGCCAUCAAUACCCUUGGGCUCGGGCUCAAGGUCUCGGACGUCAGCGUGUGCACCCGCAAGGCGCUUGGCACGUUCCAUCAGGUCUGCCUCCGCAAGUGGCCGAUCCUCCGCACCGGACUCGAGCUCCGGCUGCCGACAGUCAAGCCGCUGCGCGAGGUGGUGGAGGCGCUGGCGGCCAAGCCCGGUGCUUUUGGCGCGGCUUGCUCUGGGCGCGGUGCCGAGCCUGACUCGCCGCACCUCCUUGUGCCUGCCCUCCCGCUCCAUGAUCUCGUUGCCCGCAUGAAGCGGCCGGUCUUGCCGGACGUUGCGCUUAAGCUCGACGACGACAAGUCCUUUACAGGCGCGGCGCUGGUGGCCUGGAUCCAGGUCCACACCUCUCACGGCGAGCACUACUACGCGUCCAAGGUUGCGCAGGAGCUCCUUGAUGCGCGGCUGGUGUACAACGUCAACAAUGCAUCGGACAGCAUGUUCUCGCCCUCGCCCGAGACCCAGUACCGGUUGCAGGAGGACGAGCCGGCGCGGGUCCUCAACCGGUUGGCCAUCUUUGACAGCACGGCGCGUGAGCCACUGCAGGUUGCGCGCGCGCUCGUUUCUGCUGCGCUCGUCCUCUUUGACCACUUUGGCAAUAUGCGCGGCGACGUGCUGGCACGGCACCUCAAGGUUCUACGGUCAUCAGCGGCCUUUCGCGCCUUUGCGCUCGCCACCACCGAGCUGCAAGGCGUGGUGCUCGAUGGACUCACAUCUCAGGAGCGGACUGCUUUCUACAUUAACGUCUACAACGUGGCUUACAUGCACGCGUCGAUGAUCUCGUUGCCGCCGUCGUCGCCGCCGUUGCGGGUGUCAUACGAGAAGAAGGUGUCGUACCAAAUCGGCCCGCUGGGCGUGGUCUCGCUCUUUGAGAUUGAGCACGCGCUGCUCCGGGCGGGUGCGCCGGCAACGCCGCUCAUCGCCAAGUACCACGGCUCGUUUCCGCGGUAUGACGAGUUUGAGCCUCAAGCCGCGUAUGCCUGUGAAGCUUUUGAGUCGCGGCUGGCGUUUGCGCUCUCGCACGGCUGCCUCUCCUCGCCGCUGGUGUCCAGCUACUCGGCAAAGCAUCUCUCGCAGGAGAUGUACGAUGCGACAGCGGCGUAUGUGCGCGAGAACGCGGUGCUCGACGUUCACAAGCAGUCUGUGACGGUUCCGGGCUACAUGCGGACGUAUGCGUGUGACAUCGGCACGUCGCACAAGGACAUCCUCUACUUUGUCCUGCAGUACGCGUCGCCGGCGAUGCGGGCUUCGCUGCAGUCAAUGAUCCACUCGGGCCUCACCAUUAACCUGCUUUUUGCGCCGGACUCGUGGCAUGCCUACUACUCGGUCUCGGUGAGCAACGCCGUCCUGCCAUCUGAGCCACAGGGGGCCGUGACGAGCGGGUCGGCCUCAGCCUCGGCCUCGGGCUCGCCCCCGGACGCCGGCUCGGGUGUCCUUGGGUACUCGCUUCAUGAUCCGCGCCCGCCCAAGGUGUAUCGCGGGACCGGCAGCACUUCGCCGCGCGAGAUCGAGGCGUUGGACGUGGCCGCAAGCGCGGCAACCAACGCGGGUUGUCCGGAGCUCAUCGGCACAUCGUCGCUCUUUACUCCAGCCAUGCUCUCGUCGCUCUGGUCGUGGAUCCCGCGACGCUACACCGACGACACGUUUGCGCUUGUCUUCCAGACCCAGCGUGACGGGUACAACAUGGAGACGCUGCUGCGGCUGGCUGACAACCUCUCGCCGCUGGUUCUCGUCCUGCAGACUACCCGUGGCGCGGUCGUCGGCGCCUACCUCUCGACAGGCUUUGAAUCCUCGUCGACAGGCUCAUUUUCUGGCUCGGGCGAGACCUUUAUCUUUUCGCUUCACCCAGACAUGCGCAAGUACACGUGGCGGCCCGGCCGGCCGGCGCACUUUGUCCGCGUCACCGACGCGCAGAUCGCCGUCGGUGGCGGUGGCGGCGUCAACGCCGGCUAUGGGCUCUGGAUCGAUUCGGAGCUCUUGCACGGCGGCUCAGUUCGCUCGCGGACUUUUGCCAAUGACCCACUCGUUGCGCCCGACACCCACUUUGAGUGUACCAGCCUCGAGCUCUGGGCCUUCUCCACCGAGCUCCCGGCCCAUGUCCUCGCCGACGUCCUCGAACGCAUCACCAGCAACAGCCCAAGCCUCUGAUGUGAACAUCAGCCAAGUUUGGAGACUCUGAUCGAGCGAGUAGCAUAUUCCGUCGCAAUGAGAGUAAUGUUGUCUCCUGAU